AUGCUCAAGACGAGUGGGCCGCCCGUUUGUAACAACCUCUCACAUCUCCAAGAACCAGGUACUUGCGACGACACCAACCGGAUGCAGUCUGUACCAGGGCAAGACAUGGUAUUCCGGUACAAAGAUACCAACCGCUCCGUCGUCUUCACCACGAUCACUACCGCCUGCGCAUCGGAGGAUGUCACCGAGGCUAUGCUCGACUCCAAAUUUCGGGAUGCGCUCUUUGCCCGACCUGGGUUCCCUGAGCCUCUGACUCGCCCGCGCGUCCCGGCGUACUACAUCGAGCCAGCUGGCGACAAGGGACUGGGCAUGUUUGCCGCUCGUCAUCUGCGCACGGGAAGCCUCAUCGUCAGCGAGCGCCCUUUGACGCUCGAGCCCACGCGCAGGGCAGCGUGCGAUACUUGCGACCACCCGAGCUGCCGUACCGCUCCCGCUAAAUAUAUCAAGUAUACCAGGGCCGAGCAAGAAAAGCACCUGCAGCUCAUGCUUAAUAGGAUGUCGAAGGAGAGGCGCGAGGCGUUCCUCUCGUUGAAGGACUCUUCCAGCGCAAAUCGAGCCGGGAAUGGUCCCCUGCUCGGACGAGCGCACACCAACGCGUGGACUGCGUUCGCCGAUCUCCAGUUUGAGGGUGCAUCCGGCGAAGACUGCAAGUAUCUCGCCACUUUUGACAUGCUCUCGCGCAUGAACCACAGCUGUCGCCCCAAUGCCCUGUUUGCCUGGGACACGCGCACCUUCUCCGGCACCCUGCGCGCCGCGCGGGACAUCGCGCCCGGCGAGGAGAUCACCGUCGCGUAUUUCGGUGACGUGCACAUCCCGCUCGUUCAGCGCAGAGCUUUCCUCGCACCCUACGGCUUUGAAUGCGCCUGCCCCGCGUGCAGCGCCGGAGACACCGCGGACGCGCGCUGCGCCCGGAUUCUCACUGACUACGAGGAGCUGCCAGAUCCGCUCACGGCGUGCACCCUCGUCGAGUUUGGGUAUCGCUAUGCCAUCCAGCGCAUGGAGGAGGAAGGGCUCGAGAGCCUGAAUGAGUACUACUUUGCGCACCUACAUCUGACGCUGCACUACAGAUUUGUGCGAAACGUGGAGAAGGCGAUGAUAUACCAGGGAAAGUUGAACGCGCUCUCUUGGGCGCAGUGUGAUCAGGGUGUCCGCACUCAAAAAGGAAACUUGAACAUUGAUCAUAUGACCGUGAAACCGGUCACGCGUGCUAUAAUCAUGACGCAGAUGAAGCCUGUCUCGAGGCUAGACGGUAGGAAUGUGACCACGAGUCGGCAUAUGCAUGGCCACGCCCGUCAGCCCGCCUUUGUUCUCUCCCACCAGUUCAGUGCGACCAUGCGCGCCGAGGAACUUCUCGAGCAGGCGAAUCCCAUGGCGAGUCUCGAGCUGCAGCGCGGCGGCUACGUCCCCUCUGCUCACCAAUCCUGGCAUAUCCACGAGAUGUCGCGGGCACUUUCCUCCGAGGCCUCUGAUAUCGAGACCGAGAUUGCGCGCUUGCAGCAUCUGCACAGGCGGAUAUCCAUCCAGCUCGACAUUCACAAGUCGAUCACGGCACCCAUCCGGCGUCUUCCUCUCGAGCUGCUCUCCGAGAUUUUCGCCAUUCUCUUCGACCGCGAGGACGAGUCACAUGGCAAGGCGUAUAUCGUCAUCUACGUACUCUGUCGUGUCUGUAGCGCCUGGCGAACGCUCGUGCGGGCAACACCACGGCUGUGGACGAGGAUCCCGACGCGCGUCUUCCCGCCGGAGCUCACAGUGUCCCUCGCGCAUUUCCACCACGUUCCAGACCACAUCUCGCUCUCCGGCUCCCUCCCCCUUUGCCUGACGCAUAUUGAGCCCAACGACGAUGCGCUCCUCGAGAAAUUCCUCGUCAAACUUGGACCGCAUCUAGCGCGUAUCGGGAUCAUCGACUUUGACGGCAGCUGCGCCUACUUCGCGGCCGUUGGCGACAACCUCCGCAUGCCGAACGCGUUCGAAGCGGGUAUGGCGCUCUCGGGACCGCUCCUGCCUGGUACUAUGCUGUUAAUUCUGUCAAAAAAAUGA